AGCGGUGAAAGGCCUUUAUUAGGUCAAACCGAUAUCAAAAUGGUGUCACACAAAGUGCAGUUAUUGGCAUCGCUUUUACUCAUAUCUGAGGUGUAUACCAAAUUUUCCGGGAGAUGCGGCUACGGCAACCAGCAAAAUGGGCGUCUGCAGUCCCCCACCCCAGGUCAGUUCAUCAUACCAGCAAUUAUCAAGCCAUGUCCUCCCCGCCCGCCCAGCGCGCCUUCCCAACCCCCUAGCACCCCCAAGCUAACCAACGAUGUCAUUAUUGAUAAACUGAUAAGACUUCUCGUAUGUGACAUAAUCGAGCAGGAUAACGUGGAAGUGGACGUUGAUGUGAGAGAAGGAAAGAAGAACGGCGUGAAAGAAGGAAAGAAGAACGUUGACGCGAAAGAAGGAAAGAAGAACGAUGGAACCAGUGAAUGUAAAGAACCCGAAAUAUGUCUAUAUAUUACCCCGUUUAACGGUUAGAUCACGAUGACAUUACCGUAAAACCACACAA